AAGCAACUCGCGUCACUGGCCAUUUGGCAAUCUGCUUCGGCCAUGUUCCGGCUCCGCGUGCCGCGUGUGCCGCGCUGGCCGCAGUUCACGAGGAAUCUCAGCGGCCAGACGCUGGAGGUGGUCAAGGCGACGCUGCCCGCGGUGGCCGCGGCGGGGCCGAAGUUCACGGGCCACUUCUACCAGCGCAUGUUUGCAGCCCACCCGGAGCUUCUGAACGUCUUCAAUGUGACCAACCAGCGGCAGGGGCGUCAGCAGAAGGCGCUCUUUUCAGCAGUUGCAGCAUGUGCCACGAACGUCUUGGAAGAGGGCAAGCUUCCUCUGGAACUCUUGGAAGGUGUCAACCACAAGCACUGCGCGCUGAACGUUAUUCCGGCACAAUAUGACGUGGUUGGAGAACACCUGAUCGGGACCAUCGUGGAUCUGAUGAACCCGGGCCAGGAGGUCCUGGACGCCUGGACGGAGCUCUACACGGUGCUGGCCGGCGAGUGCGUCAAGAGAGAGGAGGAGCUCUACAAGGAGGCAGAAUCUAAGCCAGGCGGCUGGCGAGGGAAGCGCAAGUUCAAGAUGACGAAAAAGGAUGUGAAGUCUCAUCAAGUCACCGAGUUCGUCUUUGCAUCCGCGGAUGGCCAGCCCGUGUGCAGCUUCAACCCAGGGCAAUACAUCACGGUUUGGGCGCAGCCGGAGGAAAACAUGCAACCCAGGCACUACAGCAUCAUUGAGUCGCAGGACAAUAGCUUUCGCAUAGCUGUCAAGAAGGAGCCUCACGGCCUGGUCUCCGGCUUUCUCCAUGACCGCAGCGGAGUGGGAGAUGAAUUCGACCUGAGCCCGCCCUUUGGCAACUUCAGCAUUGCUGGCACCUCGGCCUUGUGGUUGGAGAGCAACCCGGUGGUGCUGAUCAGUGCUGGUGUCGGCAUCACUCCCAUGCUCGCCAUGCUGGGCUCCUUGAAGAACGGGGUCACGCCGGACAAGCACAAAGUGCUUUGGCUGCACGCAGCGCAGAACGGCAAGGAGCAUGCCUUCCGGGACUACUUGGUGGGCCUUGCGCGCGCGCAUCCUGAGGACCUGGUGCGCCGUGUUUGGUACUCGGAUCCUUUGCCCGACGACUUCAAGGCAGAUGGCAACAACAAUGCGCCCUACCACUUCGAUGGCCUCAUGAACCUCAGCCAGGUGAAGGAUCAGUUGCCCUUGGGGGACCCAGAUGCCCUCUACUUCUUCUGCGGCCCAAUCCCCUGGAUGCGCGACAUCGGGCAUCAGCUCCUGGACCUUGGGGUGCCGAAAGGCGCCUUGAACUUCGAGGUCUUCGGGCCUUCCGACGACAUCCUCUAGGCUUCGGUCUUUAGCCUUUGACUUCCAAGCAAUGGGAGGCGCUUCAUGGGCCGAGCUUGCGGAUUCGCAAAUGAGGACGAUAUAUGUUCCCAAAUGUUCCCUACACAAAUUAAUCAUUCUCUUGGAG